AUGUCCUUGUUGAAGGCUACUGUUAAAUCCGUACUUUCAGGUGAUACACUGAUUCUUCGUGGCAAACAAAUUGCAAACAAACCUCCUCCCGAAAGGCAGCUGAAUUUGGCAUACAUUCAGGCCCCGAGAAUAGGAAGUCAGAAAAAAGAUGAUGAACCCUUUGCGUUCGAAGCUCGCGAAUUCAUUCGUUCCCGUAUCGUUGGCAAGGAAGUAUCAUUCCGCGUCGAUUACACCAUUCCGAGCACCAAUCGGGAAUAUGGCACCGUCUAUUUGAACAAUGAAAAUCUCGCCCAUUUGAUAGUCAAGGAAGGAUGGGCCAAGGUCAGAGAGGAGAGCAGAAAGAAUAAGGAAGAGGGUAGGGAAGAGUAUGAUAGCCUUAUUUCUUUUGAAAAAAUCGCCCAAUCGGCCGCCAAAGGCAUAUGGGAAGAUAAGGAGAAGUACUCUCGUAACGUUAACUACACCUUUCAAGAAGACGCCAAAGCAUAUUUGGACAAAUACAAGGGGCAACCGAUUGAUGGUAUUAUCGAACUGGUGCGUGACGGUUCCAGUCUCCGCGUUCUUUUCAUGCCCCCUUCUCCCGCGCCACAACAAUAUCUUAACAUAAACAUAACUGGAAUUAAAGCACCUGUUGUUCGGAAGGAUGUUCCAGAUCAAGCAGAUAUCAUCGAACCUUUUGGGGAAGAAGCAAAAUACUUUGUGGAGUCUAGAUUGCUUCAGAGAAAUGUGAAAAUUAUACUCGAGGGACUUUCCGGAAAUAACCAGGCAUUCUUUGCCUCGAUCUCUCAUCCCGCGGGUAAUAUUGCAGAAGCAUUGGUAAGCGCGGGAUUAGCCAAAGUUGCAGAUUGGAGUAUAACCAUGAUUACCGACGGUCUAGCAAAAUUACGUGCCGCUGAAAACGCUGCAAAACAAAGAAAGUUGAAGAUAUGGCAUGAUCAUGUAAUUAAGAGUAAAGUUGGUGGCGAUGAUCAUGAGUUCGAAGGAACCGUGACUCGCAUAAUCAGCGGUGAUUCCCUUUGCGUGAAGGUGAAUCGUACGGGAGCUGAAAAGAAACUACAAUUGUCAAGUAUCCGACAACCAAAACCAAAAGACCCCAAGCUUCCUGAAUACAAUUAUGAGGCAAAGGAAUUCUUGCGAAAGAAGUUAAUAGGAAAAACGGUUCGUGUCACCAUCGAUUAUCAAAAACCUGCAUCAGAAGGAUACGAGGCAAAGGAGUGUGCUACUAUUAAGCUUGGUGAAUUUAAUCCGGCAGAAGCUCUACUUGAGCGUGGGCUUGCCCAUAUUAUAAGGCAUCGACGGGAUGAUGAGGAUCGUUCAAGCUGCUACGAUCAGCUUUUAAUCGCGGAGCAAAAGGCACAAUCAAAUGCCAAAGGUAUUCACAGCAGCAAAGAGCCACCAACAUACAGAAUUGGUGAUGCCUCAGAGAAUGCUGCGAAAGCACGUCAAUUCCUUCACUCUUUGCAAAGGAUUGGUCGUAUCGGUGGGGUAGUCGAUUUUGUCAAUAACGCGACGAGGUUUAAGAUUUAUCUCCCUAAGGAGGGUCACAAGAUAACCUUUGUUCUUGGCGGAGUUCGUGGACCUCGACCUGGCAGAACACCCUCGGAAAAAUCUGAUCCAUAUGCUAUUGAGGCUCUUGAAUUUGCAAAUCGCAAACUAUUACAACGUGACGUUGAGAUUGAGGUGGAGAAUGUUGAUAAGACAGGCGGAUUCAUCGGCUCACUUUGGCUCAACAAGACAGAUAACUAUGCAGAAUUGUUAUUGAAAGAGGGAUUCGCAAAAGUUCAUUCUUAUGGCGCCGACGCAAGUAGGCUUCACGCGGCUGAGAUGGUGGCCAUGGAGGCGAAAAAAAAUCUUUGGUCUCUUCAAGAAUCUCUAGAAGACGUGAAUGUGGCACCGGCAGAGGAAGGAGAACCCCGAAAGGAAUAUAUAGAUGUCGAGGUUUCAGCAAUUACCUCAGGAGGAAAUUUCCAUGUUCAAAUUGUAAAUGAUGAAAUUAACAAUUUAGAAAAGAUGAUGUCUGAAUUUCGACUUUACCAUAAGACUGCCUCAUCCUCUGGUGCUUCAAACUUUAAAACUGAUGAAAUUGUCUGUGCGCAAUUUACUGCCGAUGAUCAAUGGUAUCGCGCAAAAAUAAAGAAAUUUACUGGUGACAAAAAGAGCGCCGAAGUAGUUUACAUUGAUUACGGAAAUUCGGAAACAAUUCCUGUUUCUCGAAUUCGCCCUAUUCCAGACAAUUUCAAGAAGCUACCAUCGCAAUCACAAGAAGCCGUGCUCUCAUUCAUAAAAGUCCCCGCACGUGAAGAAGACUAUGGCGAGGAUGCAUACGAAAGAUUCAGGAGUAUCGUUGACGACAAGAAACUUGUUGCCAAUAUUGAUUAUCGUGAACACAAUUUACUUCAUCUUACCCUCUACAAUCCUGCGCAAGCUCAAUCCCCCGAAGCUUCAAUUAACGUUGAGUUGGUUCGCGAUGGUUACGCAUUGGUCAAUAAAAAGCUAAAAUAUUAUAGACGCUAUCCUAACUUGACCAAGAAAUUCGAGGAAUCUCAGGAGCAAGCGAAAAAGGAUAGAUUGGGAAUGUUCGAGUAUGGCGACAUAACGUUAGACGAUGAUGAAGUUGAUUAUUGA